CUGGCUGCUCUUCAGUACUGCGCGACACGCGGAGGGAUUUAAAGGACGGGCGGCCAGCAGCAAGCGGACCAGCGAGCGGAGGACCACCACCAUGUUUACCGGCGGGUUGAGGGCGUGCGCGGCCGUGUGCGCCUUGUGGAUUACGGUGCUGACGAGCACGCGGAGCGGCGUGUGCGCCAAGAGGCAGGAGGACUCCUUCUCCACCGCCAGUGUCUACCGGGCACGGUGCGCCUCUCGGUGCCUCAGCCUGCACAUCACCCGCAUCUCCGCCUUCUUCAAGCACUCGCAGAAUAAUGGAUCCUUGGUGUGGUGCCAGAAUCACAAGCAGUGCUCCAAGUGCCUGGAGCCCUGCAAGGAAUCCUGGGACCUGAAAGAAAACCAGUGCCAGGAUUUAUGCGAGCCCCUCUUUCCCAAGAAGCAUUACGAGUGUCUCACCAGCUGCGAGUUUCUUAAGUCGAUCGAAGGCGUCAAGCAGGGCGACUGUCCCGCUCCGGAGAAGGCGAGCGGCUUUGCGGCAGCCUGCGUGGAGAGCUGUGAGGAGGACGCAGAGUGUUCGGCCGUCAAAAAGUGCUGCUCCAACGGCUGCGGCCACACCUGCCAGCUGCCCAAGAACCUCUACAAAGGAGUCCCCCUGAAGCCCAGGAAAGAGCUGGUGUUUGCCGAGCUUCCCUCCGGCCAGUUGGAGAUCCGCUGGUCCUCCAAGUUCAACAUAUCGGUGGAGCCCGUUCUCUACGUGGUGCAGCGGCGCUGGAACUUUGGCAUCCACCCCAGCGAGGAUGACGCAACGGAGUGGCAGACAGUCGCACAGACUGCCGAAGAACGCGUCCAACUGGCGGACAUCAGAGCCAGCAGAUGGUACCAGUUCAGAGUGGCGGCCAUCAACGUGCACGGAACCCGCGGCUUCACCGCACCCAGCAAACACUUCCGCUCCACUAGAGAUCCGUCUGCCCCACCACGCCCGAGCAGUCUGCGUGUCACCAACGUGACGCAGGGGGAUGAAGGGCUGGUGACAGCUCGUCUCAAUUGGACCUUGCCAGAGGAGCCCGACAUCCCCAUUCAUCACUACAAAGUGUUCUGGAGCUGGACCGUGCCCACCAAGUCAAUGGUUUCAUCCAAGAAGAGAAGGAGAAAGACCACCAACGGGGCUCAGACUUGGGUGGACCUGGAGGCCUUGCAAGCGAACAGCAGCUACACGGUGGAGCUGCAGGCUGUGACGUACUGGGGACAGGUGCGACUGAAGAGUCCCAAGGCCCUGCUGCAAUUCAGCACCACCCAGAAUUCCGAAUCAGCCAAACUGGUGCACAAGUGGAAGAAAGAGGAGAUAUCCCCGACCUUGGCCAAAGCGAAACGGCCUUCCCGUCCUCUGGAGGUGGGCACGCCCUUCUACCUGGAUGGCCAGCUGCAAGUUCGUGUCUACUGGAAGAACCGUGGAGAGCCUGGAGUUAACCGCUACCACGUGCAAUGGAUGCCUGAGUACUGCCAUCACAACGAGACACGGGGACCGGAGAAAUCCUCGACCCAGGAGAACUACAUCAACCUCCCGGGCCUGUUGUUCUCCUGCAAGUACAAAGUCACGGUUCACAUGCACAAGACCAAGAGACGCUCCAAGGAGGAGAGCACCACCUUCCUCACCCCGUCCUGCGCUACCAUUCGGAGCAAGACCCACAAGCACAUCCCCUGCCCCGGGGAGGGAGCUGCGGGGCUUCCCAAAGUUCUGGCAAAGCCUGAAAAUUUGACAGCCACGUUUUCCAUCAGUGGGGUAAAUAUCACCGGCAACUUCCUGUGGCGCGUUUCCCGAGUGGCGCCCCAUCAGCGGAUUACAGGCUUUCAAGUCACCUGGGCUGAGAUCACCUCUGAGAGUCGGCAGAACAGCCUGCCCAACAGCAUCAUCUCCCAGUCCCAGAUCCUGCCUCCGGAUCAUAAUUUGCUGGUCGUGUCCAACCUGCGGCCAUCGACUUACUACAGACUGGAGGUACAAGUGAUAACGACUGGAGGCGAGGGUCCCGCAACUGUCAAGACCUUCCAGACUCCCAACAUAUCACCAGUCAGUCAGCAUCGGCCCAGACUCCGACAGCACCCGUCCCAUCACCAGAAACCAUCAGUCGAGAGACACUGAGUGGCAACGUGAUGCAAAGUCAGUCAGUUGCUCCUUCCUUCCCACGUGUCAAAGACUAUCGGGUGAAGAGCGUGGAACCGUGAACAGUCCCAGAACCGACCCCAUCCAGGUCCUUUCAAAAUAAAACAAAAAAAAAGAAAAGAAAAGAAAACGAUCCUCUUCCUUUAGGGAGCCGUAAACACAUCGGCUACUUCUCCCGUACCGCUCUGUGUACAGUUGAUCUUUUUUUGUUGUUAUUGUUGUAUUCCUCCAACACAAAAGUCUACUGUGAUGCAUUUGUCUGCAGGCCUACGUUAGUUAGACCGCUCCAAAUUUGUAAAACAGUGUAGGUUGAGAUGAUCAACGAAGGAGCAACAUGCACCGUAAGUCACUGAAGAGAAGGAGUCAGUCCGUAAAAAAAAACAUUCUUGGAGGAAGGUUAACAUCACUUUGGAGAGGCGGAGCCAAUGGUCCAACGGAGCGGCAGGGCAUGCUAGAGCCCG